CAUCACCUCCUCCUGCAGAUUCUAUCCACGGUAGAAUCUGGGAUUCGAGUCGAGCCGAGUCGAUGUCAAUGUCGAUAUUACCGGACUGCGGUUUAGGAUGGUUUAAUCCAUCAAUAUCAGUGUCAACAUUCGUUUGAAGGUCUGACUCGCUCGAUGAAUGAAGCUGCAGGUGCAGUUGGUUGGAAAAAAAUGGGGGUGGAAGUGAAUGAGAUGAACGAUGCUUAUGAAGAUAUAAAAUUGAUAUAUACUGUUAUGGAAUGCACAUACUGGGGUGACAUCAUGUUUAUCCUUAUGUUGCCUAGAUCAACUCUAUACCAACUCUAUACUCUUAAAUCAUCCUCUUGGGUAGUAUCCAACUACACAAACCAGCAGAACAGCAACCUACACAAUAGCAUAGCUACACACCGAACAACAAUAUACUCAACAACAGCGAUGUUCCCCCCAUCAUUCCUCCCCUGGCUCUUCCCAUGGCCAAACACAACCACAACCCCUUCUCCCUCUUCUACUUCUCCAUCCAUCCUAAACCGCCAAAAACGAAGACAACCAAUGAGAAACCUAAAAGUCGAAAAACGAAAAUACCGCGCUCUCCGCAGCAGAGUGCUUUCCAGAAACUCCUCAACUCCAAGAUCUGCCCUAGCCCGGGCUCUCCAAAUCUACGAUCCGGGUCUCACGUUCUACCACCCUCCUUCGCUGGAGUAGUGGAUGAGUUAGAGGAGAUUUUUGGUUUGGGGAGGGUGGAGUGGUUGUCGGGGCUUGAGAGGGCGAGGUUGUUGGAGGAGAAGGUUGAUAGGGUGCUAAAGGGAGUUUUGUAUAAAAUGGGGUAUGU